UCCUUUACUCGACUCAUUCCCGCCAUCAUGGCCAACCCGGUUGUGUUUUUCAACAUCGCUGCCAAUGGCGAGCCCAUGGGGCGUGUCACCUUUGAGCUGUUUGCAGACAAGGUUCCAAAGACAGCAGAGAAUUUCCGUGCCUUGAGCGCUGGGGAGAAAGGUUUUGGGUCCUGCUUCCACAGAAUCAUUCCUUGGUUCAUUUGCCAGGGGGAUGACUUUACUUGUCAUAAUGGAACAGGUGGUAAAUCGAUUUAUGGUGAGAAGUUUGCUGGUGAGAACUUCGUCCUCAAGCACACAGGUGCUGGCAUCUUGUCUAUGGCAAAUGCUGGUCUCAAUACAAAUGGGUCUCAGUUCUCCAUCUGCACUGCCAAAACAGACUGGUUGGAUGGGAAACAUGUGGUCUUUGGCCAAGUCAAAGAAGGAAUGAAUAUUGUGGAAGCAAUGGAGCACUUUGGGUCAAGGAACAGCAAGACAAGCAAGAAGAUCACCGUCUCUGACUGGGGGCAGCUGUCAUAAAAUUCCUUUGUCUUAACAACCAACCAUUCCU